CCUUUCAUCCUUCACUUGGUACAGUCCGGUGCCGGAAUGACUCGUUGCUGAAGACUGUGUUGGUCUUUGUUGCCUUCAGCUGAAUUAGUUUUUCAUAGGGAAAAUACAUAUUUUAACGGAUUAUUAUCAUCAUUCUUUGUUCAUAUUAACAACGUCCCCGUAAAGAUGGAUGAAAGAAGUUACGGAUCUUUGCCUCAUGUGCCCUCGGAUUAUGUUCAGCACUGGGUUCAGUCAGCACAGCAGCAUCUUCAAGCCCUCCACGCACAGUACUCUCAUAUGGCUAACGGUAACGUUGCCCACUUCAUGGAAGGACACGGAGAAGAACCUGGAUUGAUGGAAAUGCCCGUCCAGGAGCCGCCCGCUGCAGCACCACAGCCCAGUGCUCCCCAGCAAGCUCCCACUAAAGGAAAGAGGCGCAGACCGGCGAGCAAAGAGCCUAAAGCUAAACCAGGCCCCAAGCCGAAGAAGGCCAAGGUGGAAAAAGAGGGCCAACCUGCUGAAGGAGCACAGGAGAAGAUUGACGAGUCCUUUAAGAAAGUUAAAAGGAAAGUCGACCGCUUCAAGGGCAUGUCUGAGGAGGAAGUCAUGAAAAGGACUCUGCCGGACAUUCUUACACAUAACCUGGACUAUGUUAUUGUUGGAAUUAAUCCAGGUCUCAUGGCUGCCUACAUCGGACGAUGGUUCCCUGGACCUGGAAACCACUUCUGGAAGUGCCUGUUCCUUUCCGGAUUCACUGAGCAGCUGCUGAACCACAUGCAUGACCAGUCUCUCCCUGAGAAAUAUGGCAUUGGCUUCACUAACAUGGUGGCAAGAGCAACACCAGGAAGCAAAGAUCUCUCAAGUAAAGAGCUUCGAGAAGGUGGCAAAAUUUUAGUGGAGAAGAUUAAACAGUUCAAACCUCUCAUAGCAGUUUUUAAUGGGAAAUGUAUAUAUGAAAUGUUCUGUAGAGAGAUAUUUGGGAAAAAGCCCAAAAGUCUGGAAUUUGGUUUACAGCCACUCAAGAUUCCUGACUCAGACACGGCACUGUAUCUGAUGCCCUCCUCGAGUGCGCGCUGUGCCCAGUUCCCUCGAGCUCAGGACAAAGUGCACUUCUACAUCAAGCUCAAAGAACUCCGAGACCAACUCAAGGGUGUGGCCAAACCCAGAGAAGUCGAGGAAGUCAAUUACACGUUUGAUCUGGGCAUGGCUAAAGAGGAUGCUAAGAGAAUGGCCAUCAAGGAGGAGAAUUAUGAUCCUGGCUAUGAGGCUGCAUAUGGAGGGGCGUAUGGGGAACCGGGAAUGGCGGAAGGCAACGGCCACUGUGCCUUCGCUUCUGGUGAAGCAGAAGCAGCAGAGAAGGAGCCCAGGAAUCCGAACGCAGUGGGCCAGCUUCCAGAUGGCCAGUGGAUGACCAAUUCCUUCGCAGAUCAGAUUCCGGAGAUCGGCAGCUCGUCACAAGCGCGGGCGGAGGCCGUAUGAACCGGACCGUCGUCUCAGUAAGGGACUUGACACCUGUGUUCAUCCACAGAUCUCGUGCAGUGCCUCUCACCAGCUUCUCUCAGUUCAGGAACGCUCUCAAUCCACUGACUUUUCAGCUUGUUGAUUAGUUUAAAAUCUGUUACAGAUCAAUAAUAAGACCGUUAUGUUUGCCGCGUCACUCGGCCACGAGAACAGGAUGACGAGUAUGAUUCGAAGCAGAGACGGCUACUUCAGUCACCUGCUGCCCACAGCAACUCUAAACUGGACCUCAGUUCUGAAGACUGAAGACUCUUAUCACAAAACACUCUUCAUCUGAGAGGAGAUACGAAUACGAAUUCUUUUUUAAUUUCUUUGCCAUGAAUUUGAAGUAGACAUUUUAGAAAGUAGUAUUUCUAUGAAACUGAACUUGUUUUUUUCUUUUUUUUGUAUACUGUGUCCAAAA